AUAAGGCCCGGCCCCCAGCCCAGGUCGCUCUCCCACACUGCCUGCCGCCACCAUGGGGCAGCCGCUCGCCUGCCUGCUGGGCCUGUGCCUGGCCCUGGCCACGGCCGGGGGCUCGGAGCUGCGGAGAGAGAGCAGAGCCCGGAACCACGGCCACAACGUCUGCAGCACCUGGGGCGACUUCCACUACAAGACCUUCGACGGCGACGUGUUCCGCUUCCCCGGCCGCUGCGACUACAACCUGGCCUCCGACUGCCGCGACGCCUACCGGGAGUUCGCGGUGCACCUGCGGCGCGGCCCGGCCGGCGUGGAGCACGUGCUGCUGAGCGUCAAGGACGACACCGUCUACCUCACCCGCCGGCUGGUGGUGGUGAACGGGGCCAUGGUCAGCACCCCCCACUACCGCUCGGGGCUGCUCAUCGAGAAGAAUGACGCCUACACCAAGGUCUUCUCCCGCGCCGGCCUCACCCUCAUGUGGAACCGCGAGGACGCACUCAUGCUGGAGCUGGACAGCAGGUUCCGGAACCACACGUGUGGGCUCUGCGGCGACUACAACGGCCUGCAGACCUACUCGGAGUUCCUGUCGGACGGCGUGCUCUUCAGUGCCCUGGAGUUCGGGAACAUGCAGAAGAUCAACAAGCCGGGGGAGACGUGCGACGACCCCGAGGAGGAGUCGGCCCCCCAGUCCUGCUCUGAGCAUCGCGCCGAGUGCCAGCGGCUGCUGACGGCCGAGGCCUUCGAGGGCUGCCUGGACCUGCUGCCGCUGGAGCCCUACGUGGCCGCCUGCGCCCGGGACCGCUGCCGCUGCCCGGCCGGCGCCGCCUGCGAGUGCAGCACGCUGGCCGAGUUCUCCCGCCAGUGCUCGCACGCCGGCGGGCAGCCCUGGAACUGGAGGACCCCCGCGCUCUGCCCCAAGACGUGCCCCGGGAACAUGGUGUACCUGGAGAGCGGCUCGCCCUGCAUGGACACCUGCUCCCACCUGGAGGUCAGCCACCUGUGCGAGGAGCACCGCAUGGACGGCUGCUUCUGCCCCGAAGGCACCGUGUACGAUGACAUCAACGGCAGCGGCUGCGUCCCUGUGAGCCAGUGCCACUGCAAGCUGCACGGGCGGGUGUACGCCCCCGGCCAGCAGGUCCGCCAGGACUGCGAGCACUGCAUGUGCACCGCCGGCCGCUGGGUGUGCAAAGACCUGCCAUGCCCCCGCACCUGCGCCCUGGAGGGCGGCUCCCACAUCACCUCCUUCGACGGCAAGAAGUUCACCUUCCACGGCGACUGCUACUACCUGCUGACCAAGGGCGAGCACCCCGACGCCUACGCCCUCCUGGGCGAGCUGGCCCCCUGCGGGGCCACCGACAAGCAGACCUGCCUGAAGACAGUGGUGCUGCUGGCGGACAAGCAGAAGAACGUGGUGGUCUUCAAGGCGGACGGCAGCGUGCUGCUCAACGAGCUGCGGGUGAACCUGCCCCACGUGACCGCCAGCUUCUCCAUCUUCCAACCGUCCUCCUCCCACCUGGCGGUGAGCACGGCCUUCGGCCUGAGGCUGCAGAUCCAGCUGCUGCCCGUCAUGCAGCUGUUCCUGACGCUGGACCAGGCCGCUCAGGGCCGCGUGCAGGGCCUCUGCGGGAACUUCAACGGCCAGGAGGGGGACGACUUCCUGACCGCGGGCGGGCUGGUGGAGGCCACGGCUGCCGGCUUCGCCAACACCUGGAAGGCCCAGCCCAGCUGCCAGGACAAGCAGGACUGGCUGGACGACCCCUGUUCCCUCAACAUCGAGAGCGCCAACUACGCCGAGCACUGGUGCUCCCUGCUCAGGAAGGCGGAGACCCCCUUCGGCAGGUGCCACGCCGCCCUGGACCCCACCGAGUACUACAAGAGGUGCAAGUACGACACGUGCAACUGCCAGGACAACGAGGACUGCCUGUGCGCCGCGCUGUCCUCCUACGCCCGCGCCUGCGCCGCCAAGGGCGUCAUGCUGUGGGGCUGGCGCGAGCUCGUCUGCAACAAGGACGUGGGCUCCUGCCCCAAGUCGCAGGUCUUCCUGUACAACCUGACCGCCUGCCAGCCCACCUGCCGCUCGCUGUCCGAGCCCGAGGGCCACUGCGCCAAGGGCUUCGCGCCGGUGGACGGCUGCGGCUGCCCCGACCACUCCUUCCUGGACGAGAAGGGCCGCUGCGUGCCGCUGGCCAAGUGCUCCUGCUACCACCGCGGCAGCUACGUGGAGGCGGGCGACGUGGUCGUGCGGCAGGAGGAGCGCUGCGUCUGCCGGAACGGGAGGCUGCACUGCACCCAGGUCAAGCUGCUCGGCCAGAGCUGCGCGGCCCCCAAGAUCCACGUUGACUGUAACAACCUGACGGCGCUGGCCAUCCGGAACCCCCGCCCCGUCAGCUGCCAGACGCUGGCAGCCGGCCAAUACCAGGCGGAGUGCGUCAGCGGCUGCGUGUGCCCCGAGGGGCUGAUGGACGACGGCCGGGGGGGCUGCGUGGAGGAGGAGGAGUGCCCCUGCAUGCACAACCAGGAGCUGUACGCGCCCGGCGACCAUAUCGCAGUGGACUGCAACACCUGCACCUGCCGCCACGGCCGCUGGGCCUGCAGCCAGCGGGUGUGCUACCGCACCUGCACCGUCUACGGCAGCGGCCACUACAUCACCUUCGACGGGAAGUUCUACGACUUCGACGGGCACUGCUCCUACGUGGCCGUCCAGGACUACUGCGGCCAGAGCUCCGGGCAGGGCUCCUUCAGCAUCAUCACCGAGAACGUGCCCUGUGGCACCACCGGCGUCACCUGCUCCAAGGCCAUCAAGAUCUUCCUGGGGAGGACGGAGCUGAAGCUGGAGGACAAGCAGCAGACGGUGAUCCACCGGGACGAGGGCCAGCACGUGGCCUACACCACGCGGCAGGUGGGCCAGUACCUGGUGGUGGAGACCAGCGUGGGCAUCAUCGUCAUCUGGGACAAGAAGACCACCAUCUUCAUCAAGCUGGCGCCUACCUACAAGGGUUCCGUGUGCGGCCUGUGCGGGAACUUCGACGAGCGCUCCAGCAACGACUUCACGACGCGGGACCACAUGGUGGUGGACAGCGCGCUGGACUUCGGGAACAGCUGGAAGGAGGCCCCCACCUGCCCCGACGUGACCUCCACCCCCGACCCCUGCAGCCUGAAGCCGCACCGCCGCUCCUGGGCCGAGAAGCAGUGCAGCAUCAUCAAGGACGACGUCUUCAAGAUCUGCCACAGCAAGGUGGACCCCAAGCCCUUCUACGAGGCCUGCGUGCGCGACAGCUGCUCCUGCGACACCGGCGGCGACUGCGAGUGCUUCUGCUCCGCCGUGGCCGCCUACGCCCAGGAGUGCACCAAGGAGGGCGCCUGCGUGUUCUGGAGGACGCCGGACCUGUGCCCCAUCUUCUGCGACUACUACAACCCCACGGACAAGUGUGAGUGGCACUACGAGCCGUGCGGGAACCGCAGCUUCGAGACCUGCAGGACCGUCCAGGGCAUCCACUCCAACGUCUCCGUGUCCCACCUGGAGGGCUGCUACCCGCGGUGCCCUGUGGACCGGCCCAUCUACGACGAGGAUCAGAAGAAGUGCGUCAAGGGAGACCAGUGCGGCUGCUACGUGGAGGACACCCACUACCCACCCGGAGCAUCCUUGCCGCCCAAGCACGACUGCCAGUCCUGCGUGUGUGGCAACAACUCGCAAGUCGUCUGCCGGCCGGAGGAAGGGAAGAUCCUCAACUUCACCCAGGACGGCUCCUUCUGCUACUGGGAGGUCUGCGGCCCCAAUGGGACGGUGGAGAGGCACUUCAACAUCUGUGUGUCCACCACGACGCCCACCUCCUCCUCCACCCCCACCACCACCCCCGUCACCACCACCCCCACCCCCACCCCCACCACGACGCCCACCACCACGACGCCCAGCACAGUGUCAAAGCCCUCCACGACUCCGAGCCUGUGCUGCUUCUGGUCCGACUGGAUCAACCGGGACCACCCCGGCCCCGGCCCCGACAGCGGCGACACGGAGACCUUCCUCCACGUGUGCCCGGCGCCCGAGGACAUCCAGUGCCGCGCGGCGGUGGAGCCGCACCUCAGCUGGGAGGAGCUGGGCCAGAAGGCCCGCUGCAGCCUCUCCGAGGGCUUCGUCUGCAAAAACGAGGACCAGUUUGAAAACAGCCUGUUCCCCAUGUGCUACGACUAUGAGAUCCGCGUCAACUGUUGUCUGCCCUGCUCCUCGACCCCCACCCCCACCCCCACACCGACCUCUACCACCACUGUGACCCCGACCACCACCCCCACCACCACCCCCACCACCACCACCACCACCACCACCCCCACCACCACCACCCCCACACCACCCCCCACCACCCCUCCGACCACCACCACCACCCCCCCCACCACCACCCCCACACCACCCCCACCACCACCACCACCACCACCCACCCCCACCACCACCCCCACAACCACUACACCGACCUCUACCACCACUGUGACCCCGACCACCACCCCCACCCCCACCCCCACCACCUCACCCACCACCACCUCAACUGAGACACCAACCCCGACCGCUACCACCACCUCACCCACCACCUCACCUACAUCCUCACCAACCACCUCACUCACCACCUCACCAACCACUUCACCCACCACCACCACCACCACUGAGACACCAACCCCAACCCCUACCACCACUGUGACCCCCACCCCGACCCCCACCACCUCACCCACCACCCCCCCCACCACCUCACCCACCACCCCCACACCAGAGCCAACGACCACCGUGACGACCACCACUACGACAUCCACAGCUACACCAACGCCCACCACGACGGCGCCACAACCCACUCCAUGCCUGGAGGAGUGCAGCUGGACGGGCUGGAAAGACAGUGGGAAGCCGGACUUCAGCCCAUCAGGUGGCGACUUUGAGCUCGUUGGCCAGGUCUGUCAGCACGGCUGGGCAGCCAACAUCUCCUGCAGAGCCGCCCUGUUUCCAGACCGCCCCAUCCAAGAGCUGGGGCAGACUGUGGUGUGCGAUGUCUCCGUGGGGCUCGAGUGCAAAAACCAAGACCAGAAGCCAGGGGGCGCCAGCAUAGUGCCCGUCUGCUACAACUAUGAGAUCAACGUCUACUGCUGUAGCUACUGCUCUUCCACCUCCACAGUGACCUCCACCACCACAUCUACUACCACCUCACCCACCACCUCACCCACCACCCCACCCACCACCUCACCCACCACCUCACCCACCACCUCACCCACCACCUCACCGACCACCUCACCGACCACCUCACCCACCCCCUCACCACCACUCACCCACACCUCACCCACCACCUCACCGACCACCUCACCCACACCUACCCACCACCUCACCCACCACCUCACCGACACCCUCACCCACCACCUCACCCACCACCUCACCCACACCUCACCCACCACCUCACAGACCACCUCACCCACCACCUCACCGACCACCUCACCCACCACCUCACCCACCACCUCACCCACCACCUCACCCACCACCUCACCCACCACCUCACCGACCACCUCACCCACCACCUCACCCACCACCUCACCCACCACCACCUCAACUGAGACACCCACCCCAACCACACCAAUCCCGACCUCUACCACCACUGUGACCCCGACCACCCCCACCACCACCUCACCCACCACCCCCACACCAGAGCCAACGACCACUGUGACGACCACCACUACGACAUCCACAGCUACACCAACGCCCACCACGACGGCGCCACAACCCACUCCAUGCCUGGAGGAGUGCAGCUGGACGGGCUGGAAAGACAGUGGGAAGCCGGACUUCAGCCCAUCAGGUGGCGACUUUGAGCUCGUUGGCCAGGUCUGUCAGCACGGCUGGGCAGCCAACAUCUCCUGCAGAGCCGCCCUGUUUCCAGACCGCCCCAUCCAAGAGCUGGGGCAGACUGUGGUGUGCGAUGUCUCCGUGGGGCUCGAGUGCAAAAACCAAGACCAGAAGCCAGGGGGCGCCAGCAUAGUGCCCGUCUGCUACAACUAUGAGAUCAACGUCUACUGCUGUGGUUACUGCUCUUCCACCUCCACAGUGACCUCCACCACCACAUCUACUACCACCUCACCCACCACCUCACCCACCACCUCACCCACCACCUCACCGACCACCUCACCCACCACCUCACCCACCACCUCACCCACCACCUCACCGACCACCUCACCCACCACCUCACCCACCACCUCACCCACCACCUCACCCACCACCUCACCGACCACCUCACCCACACCCACCCCAACCUCAACCACCACUGUGACCCCAACCACCACCCCCACCUCACCCACCAUCACCACCACCUCACCCACCACCACCUCAACUGAGACACCCACCCCAACCCCUACCACCACUGUGACUCUGACCACCACCCCCACCACCUCACCCACCACCUCACCCACCACCACCUCAACUGAGAUACCAACCCCAACCCCUACCACCACUGUGACUCCGACCACCACCCCCACCUCACCCACCACCUCACCCACCACCUCAUCUACCACCACCUCACCCACCACCUCACCCACCACCUCAACUGAGACACCCACCCCAACCCCUACCACCACUGUGACCCCGACCACCACCCCUACGUCACCCACCACCUCACCCACCACCUCACCUACCACCUCAACUGAGACACCCACCCCAACCCCUACCACCACUGUGACUCCGACCACCACCCCCACCACCUCACCCACCACCUCUCCCACCACCUCAUCUACCACCACCUCACCCACCACCUCACCUACCAUCACCUCAACUGAGACACCCACCCCAACCUCAACCACCACUGUGACCCCAACCACCACCCCCAUCUCACCCACCACCUCACCCACCACCUCACCCACCACCACCUCAACUGAGACACCCACCCCAACCCCUACCACCACUGUGACUCCGACCCCCACCCCCACCUCACCCACCACCUCACCCACCACCUCACCCACCAUCAGCUCAACAGAGACACCAACCCCCACUCCUCAUACCCCCACCUCCACUCCCGUGACUACGUCAACGACCACCAUGGGAACCCCUACUUCGUCUGGACGCCCGUCGACCACCCCGACCACCAGUGUCUCUACUGGCGUGCCCAGCUCCUCGCCGACCACAAGGCCCAGCUCGUCCCAGAUGUAUUGCUGCAUUCUGAAUGACACCUACUAUGAGCCAGGCGAGAUGGUGUACAACGGCACCCAUGGGGAUACCUGCUACUACGUGAACUGCUCCCACACCUGCACCUUUGAGAUCUUCAAUUGGCCCUGCCCGUCCACGCCAUCCAUGCCAUCCACGUCGACCACACCGACCACGCCAUCCACAUCGACCAUGCCGACCACGCCGACCACGCCGUCCACGUCGACCACGCCGACCACGCCCACCAACCCCCCCGGGUGCCCGGACUUCGAUCCUCCCAGGAAGGAGAACGAGACUUGGUGGCUGUGUAACUGCACCAUGGCCGUCUGCAAGCACGACCACACGGUGGAGCUGGUGCAGGUGGAGUGCAAGCCGCCGCCCAUGCCCACCUGCUCCAACAACCUCACGCCGGUGCGCGUCAUGGACCCCGACGGCUGCUGCUGGCACUGGGAGUGUGACUGCUACUGCUCCGGCUGGGGUGACCCCCACUACGUCACCUUCGACGGGCUCUACUACAGCUACCAGGGCAACUGCACCUACGUGCUGGUGGAGGAGGUGCGGCCCACCGUGGACAACUUCGGCGUCUACAUCGACAACUACCACUGCGACGUGCGCGACCGCGUGUCCUGCCCGCGCACGCUCAUCGUGCGCCACGAGACCCAGGAGGUGCUCAUCAAGACGGUGCACAUGGCGCCCAUGCGGGUCCAGGUGCAGGUCAACAAGCAGGCGGUGGCGCUGCCCUACCGCAAGUACGGGCUGCAGGUGUACGAGUCGGGCAUCAACUUCGUGGUGGACAUCCCCGAGCUGGGCGCCAUCAUCUCCUACAACGGCCUGGCCUUCUCCAUCCGGCUGCCCUACCGCCUGUUCGGCAACAACACCAAGGGCCAGUGCGGCACCUGCACCAACAGCACCGCGGAUGACUGCGUGCUGCCCAGCGGAGAGGUCGUCUCUGACUGCGAGCUGGCUGCCGACCAGUGGGUGGUGAACGACCCCUCCAAGCCGCACUGUCCGCACACCAGCUCCACCACCCGGCGCCCGGCCACCACGGCCCCCAGCGGCACCGGCCCCCACAAGAACUGCUCCUCGCCGCUCUGCGAGCUCAUCAAGAGCAGCCUGUUUGCCCAGUGCCACCCCCUGGCGCCCCCCCAGCAUUACUAUGAGGCCUGCGUGUUCGACACCUGCAACGUGCCCAACUCGGGCAUGGAGUGCGCCAGCCUGCAGACCUACGCGGCCCUCUGUGCCCACGAGGGCGUCUGCGUCGACUGGCGGAACCACACCCACGGGGCCUGCUCCGUGACGUGCCCGCCUCACCGGGAGUACCGGGCCUGCGGUCCCGCCGAGGAGCCCACCUGCAAGUCCAGCGCCGCGAGCCAGCCGGCCCCCAGCGCCUCCCGCCACCCCGAGCCCAGCGUCCCAGAGAACAACACGAUGCUGGUGGAGGGCUGUUACUGCCCCGAGGGCACCAUGAACUACGCACCCGGUUUCGACGUCUGCGUGGAAGUGUGUGGCUGUGUGGGGCCUGACAACGUGCCCAGAGAGUUUGGGGAGCACUUUGAGUUCGACUGCAAGGACUGCGUGUGCCUGGAGGGCGGCAGCGGCAUCGUCUGCCAGCCCAAGCAGUGCCUCCAGGAGCCGCCCGCCCGCUGCACGGAGGACGGCACCUUCCUGGUCACCGAGGUCAACCCCGCCGACCCCUGCUGCAACGUCACCUUCUGCAAGUGCAACGCCAGCCUGUGCAAGGAGCAGCCACCGCAGUGCCCGCUGGGCUUCGACCUGAAGAGUGAGAUGAAGCCCGGGCGGUGCUGCCCCCUCUACUCCUGCGUGCCCAAGGGCGUCUGUGUUGUUGGGAACGCCGAGUACCAGCCCGGCUCCCCAGUGUACUCCUCCAAGUGCGAGACCUGCGUCUGCACCAACGCCACGGACAGCGCCACGCAGCUCAACAAGGUGUCCUGCAACCACGUGCCCUGCCCCAGCACCUGCAACCCUGGCUUCGGGCUGGUGACCGUCCCGGGCGAGUGCUGCAAGAAGUGCGAGCAGACGGACUGCAUCAUCAACCAGCCGGGCGGCCAGAACCUCAUCCUGAAGCCCGGGGACAUGAGGAGCGACCCUGCCAACAACUGCACCUUCUUCAGCUGCGUGAAGAUCCACAACCAGCUCAUCUCCUCCGUGUCCAACAUCACCUGCCCCGACUUCGACCCCAGCGCCUGCGUCCCGGGCUCCAUCACACUCAUGCCCAACGGCUGCUGCAAGAAAUGCAUCCCUCGCAAUGAGACCAAGGUCCCCUGCUCCACCGUCUCUGAGUCCAAGGAGAUCUCAGAAGGCGGCUGCACCAAGCGCGUCCUCAUGAACUACUGCUCGGGCUCCUGCGGGACCUUCGCCAUGUACUCGGCGGAGGCGCAGGCGCUGGACCACAAGUGCUCGUGCUGCAAGGAGGAGCGCACCAGCCGGCGGACGGUGGAGCUGCUGUGCCCGGACGGCUCCUCGCGCAGCCACACCUACACCCACAUCGAGAGCUGCCUGUGCCAGGACACGCUGUGCGCGCUGCCGCCCCGCCGGGGGCCCGGCCGCGCCCGCCGCGCCCUGGGCCUGUCUCCCUGGCAGGGCUGA